AUGGUGGUGGCCUCUGAAGACCACAUCUUUGAAGACCCCACGGUGUGCUUGACAAAACGGGGGCCCCUGGGAGUCAACGUUGAUGAAACGGACCGAGAUUCCUUCUGCUGUCAGAUGUCUUUCUGCUUGACUGAACUUCACCUGUGGUCCUUGAAGAAUACCUUACACAUUGGGGACAGAGACAUCGGGAUUUACCAGUAUUAUGACAAGAAAGAGCAACCAGUAACCGAGCAUGGUCACUUAGAAGAAAAGCAGAAGUUGGCAGAAUCACGAGAUUAUCCUUGGACACUCAAAAACAGGCGCCCAGAAAGGCUUCGGGACUCACUCAAGGAGUUGGAGGAGCUGAUGCAAAACAGUCACUGUGUGCUGAGCAAAUGGAAGAACAAAUAUGUCUGUCAGCUCCUGUUUGGUACAGGUGUGCUGGUGUCUCUAAGCAUCUCUGGGCCGCAGCUGGAGAAGGUGGUGAUUGACAGAAGCCUGGUGGGGAAGCUCAUCUCAGACCCCAUCAGUGAUGCUCUUUUCACAGACAGUUUUAUCAUCUUAUCAUUUUUGGCACAAAACAAGCUGUGUUUUAUUCAGUUUACCAAGCAGAUAGGCUCUCCUGAUAUAACCAAGAGACUAGAAAAACUUUCAGCUUUGGAUUAUAAGAUUUCCUACUGUGAAAUUCCUGGCCCAGUUAAUAGGACAACAGCAUGUCACCUAGCUAUUAAUUGUGCUCAAGACAUGGUGGUUUGCUGGUGGCCCCUGGACAGUGGAGCUGCCUGGCCUUGGACCCCUGUAUCUUCUGAGACAGACAGGGCCAAUCUGGUGUUCCUGCGUCAUGCUCAAGGAAGACUGGAGGUUCAGAGUUCUAUCCGUACAGAAUGGAACCCCCUGGACAUUUGUUUUGGUACUAAACUGCCUUAUCAGGUAUUCACUGUGGAGUGCUCGACCGGUGGAAACAAAGAGCCAAUGGCUGAUAGCUGCAUUUAUGAGUGUGUUCGGAACAAGAUCCAGUGCGUGUCUGUCACCAGAAUACCACUACAAUCGAAGGCCAUCAGCUGCUGUUGGAAUAUUACUGAAGACCAACUGAUUGUGGGCUGUGAAGAUUCUUCAGUAAUUCUAUAUGAUACUCACCGGAGAGUGACACUUUUAGUCCAGGCUGAACUUCUGCCUUCAUUCAUAAGCUGCCAUCCAGGCGGUGCCAUAUUGAUAGUUGGCAGCAGCCAAGGGGAGCUGCAGAUUUUUGAUAUGGCUCUGUCCCCUCUUAGCAUCCAGCUCCUGGCUGAAGACCGCUCGCCCACGGCGACACUGCCAUUCACUACAUGCUUUAACGUUUCCAGUAGCCUUGUUCAGAUGCAGUGGAUAGCUCCUCAAGUGUUUUCUCAGAAGCCUGAAAGUGGGGACAUUUAUAAUCUCCUGUUCCUUAGAUUUGACCGUGGACCUUUGGGUGUACUUUUCUUUAAAUUUGGUAUCAUCACAGGAGGACAGCUGAGCCUGGUGGACAUUAUCUUCCAUUACAUUCACUGUGAUGAAAUCCCCGAGGCAGUUAACAUCCUGAGCAGCAUGAACUGGGAUAGUCUGGGCCACCAGUGCUUUAUCGGCCUGAGCACCAUUGUAAACCACCUUCUUAGACAGAAGCUCACUCCAGAGAGAGAAGCACAGCUCGAGGCAAGCCUUGGAACCUUCUACGCUCCAACAAGACCACUCCUGGAUUCAACUAUCCUGGAAUAUAGAGACCAAAUCAGCAGAUACGCAAGGAGGUUCUUCCACCACUUACUCAGAUAUCAACGAUUUGAAAAGGCAUUUCUCUUAGCUGUUGACAUUGGUGCCCGAGACCUGUUUAUGGACAUCCAUUACCUUGCUCUUGAUAAGGGUGAAUUGGCACUAGCUGAAGUGGCAAGAAAGAAAGCAAACGACAUUGAUGCAGAAUCAAUAACGUCUGGAGUUGAACUCCUGGGGCCUCUGGACAGAGGAAAUGCACUAAGUGACACUUUGGUUGGUUUACCAUUAGCACCUCAAGAAGACACUUUUCCAGAUACCUUUCUUCCCUUUAAUUCAAUACAGAGACAACAAAGAACACUGAGUGGCUCUUCUAACAGGUAA